AUGAGCUCUGUCCUCAACCAAGGUGCCGAAGACCACCCACUGGCAUUCUGCUACCAGGUGAAUGGGUCCUGCCCCAGGACUGUCCAUCCUCUGGGCCUCCAGCUGAUCAUCUACCUGGCCUGUGCAGCAGGCAUCAUUGUUACAGUCCUAGGAAAUCUGUUUGUGGUGUUCACUGUGUCCUACUUCAAAGCACUUCACACUCCCACCAACCUCUUGCUGCUUUCUCUGGCCCUGGCUGACAUGCUGCUGGGUCUGCUGGUCCUGCCACUCAGCACCGUUCGCUCAGUAGAGAGCUGCUGGUUCUUUGGAGACUCCCUCUGCCGCCUGCACACCUACUUGGACACCCUCUUCUGCCUCGUCUCCAUCUUUCACCUCUGUUUCAUUUCCAUUGACCGCCACUGUGCCAUCUGUGAGCCUCUGCUCUACCCCUCCAAGUUCACAGUGCGGGUGGCUCUCAGGUACAUUGUGGCCGGGUGGGGGAUGCCAGCAGCUUACACUGCCUUCUUUGUCUACACAGAUGUAGUUGAGAGAGGGCUCAGCCAGUGGCUGGAAGAGAUGCCUUGUGUGGGCAGUUGCCAGCUGCUGUUUAAUAAGUUCUGGGGCUGGUUAAACUUCCCCGUGUUUUUUCUCCCCUGCCUCAUCAUGAUCAGCUUGUAUGUAAAGAUCUUCCUGGUUGCUGCCAGGCAGGCCCAGCAGAUCAACGCCUUGAACAAAAGCCUGGGGGGUGCUGCCAAGCGUGAAAGAAAAGCUGCCAAGACCCUGGGCAUUGCUGUGGGCAUAUACCUCUUGUGCUGGCUUCCCUUCACCAUCGACACACUGGUGGACAGCCUCCUUAAUUUCAUCACACCACCUCUGGUCUUUGACAUCUUGAUCUGGUUUGCUUACUUCAACUCAGCCUGCAACCCUAUCAUCUAUGUCUUUUCCUACCGGUGGUUCAGGAAGGCUCUGAAACUCAUUUUGAGUCCAGAGAUCUUCUCACCUCAGACACCCACUAUUGAUUUGUACCAAGAAUGA